UUGUGACUUAAUUUUUACCUCUUCGAAAAUAACAUAGCAACAGCUGAAAACAAUAUUUUUUUCGUUGAAUGACUUGAGCAGGUGAUUACGGAGCAACAUGGGCAAGAAAACCAAGAAAGAGACAGAGGCACCACCAAAGGACGUGUUUGAUACAUUAGCGGUUGAGAGCAAAAAAGCAGCUACUGUGGUUCUCAUGCUGGAGAGUCCUGAGGAAGAGAUACUUAUCAAGGGAUGUGAAGCUCUCUACAAAUUUGCUGAAAAAUGUGAUGAAAACCGAGGAAUGCUUCUUGAGCUUGGUGCCGGUGAACACCUACUAAAGCUGAUCGCAUCAGAGGAGAAGACCGUCCGUAGGAAUGCCAUCAUGACCCUAGGCGUCAUGUCAGCUCACAAUGAAGUCAGGAGACUGCUAAGAAAAAGUGACUGCGUCCCAAAUCUUAUCAAGUUAUUAGCUCCGGAAGAGGACACCCUUGUCCACGAGUUCUCUAGUCUGUGUCUGGCCAACAUGGCCCAGGAGUACUCCAGCAAGGUCCAGAUCAUGGAACUAGGAGGUCUGGACCCCCUGAUAGCACUGCUCUCUGACCCUGAUCCCGAUGUCACCAAGAACACCGUGGAAGCAGUAUCCCUCUUGCUCCAGGAUUACCAAAGCAGAGCAGCAAUAAGAGAUGCCCGUGGUCUGGAACCUCUACUGGAACUGUUAAAGUCGGACUACCCGGUGAUCCAGGAGCUAGCCUUGCAGAGCUUGACCCUUUCUACUCAAGAUGCAGAGAACAGAGAGGCACUCAGAGAACUGGAGGGAUUAGAAAGACUGGUUGACUUUGUUGGUACAAAAGAGUUUGAAGACCUUCACGUCCAUGCCCUGAAUGUUCUUUCGAAUUGUUUGGAGGACAUCGAGAGCAUGGAACUCAUUCAAACUACCGGUGGUCUUCAGAAGCUACUCGCCUUCGCCGCAGAGUCUGAGAAAUCAGAGGUCCAGGAGAAUGCCUCUAAGGCCAUAGCGAGAGCUGCGAGGAAUCCUGAGAACUGCAAGAUAUUUCACGAGCAAGAGGGAGAGAAGACGUUAGUUUGUCUCCUUGAGGUUGACAGCGCACCAGUCCAAGCUGCUACAGCACAGGCCCUAGCCAUCAUGGCAGAGAGCGCCCUCUGUAGACAGACAAUUGCUGAAUAUGAUGGCAUAGCACCUCUUGUCAAACUGCUCGGCAGUGAAAACGGAGAUGUCGCUGAGAACAGCUCCCUCGCUCUGGCCAACCUCACAUCAGCUACCGUCCAAAACUGCGUUGAGCUCGCAGAACGCAAUGGCAUCGAGCCCCUUAUCGGUCUGUUAAACUCGUCAAGAGAGGGCGCCCAAGCCAACGCAGCUCAGGUCUUGACCAACAUGGCGACGGAUGAAAUCUUGAGGGCGGACAUCCAGACUAGAGGAAUUGUUGGAGCUCUGCUCACUCCUCUACAUUCCAGCAAUGCCAAUGUUCAAACUAAGGCAGCAAUGGCACUAGCUGCCUUUGUCUGUGAUACAGAAUCAAGAAACCAGUUGAGAGGGCUAGGUGGCUUAGGUCCUAUGUUGAAGCUUCUUCAGUCUAGUAAUGAUGACGUAAGACGAGCUGCAUCUUGGGCCUUGGUUGUCUGCGCUAGUGAUCCAGUCAUUGCCACGGAACUCUGCAAGCUCGGUGGAUUGGACACCUUGAAAGAAAUCCAGCAGUCAUCGACCAGAAAGAAUGGUUUCAGUGAUGUAGCACUCGAGAGAUUGCUAGACAGUAUGCUACCCGCUAAAUACAGUCUGAUGGGGUUCCUGGGACCUAAUGAUAUCAUCUGCGAUGGCUUCUAUGAUGCCGGCAAGAUCCGACCAGAAUCUAAAUUUGCGACCUUGGAGGAAUUGAGCGAGCAGGAGGUCAAUCAGAAGAAGCCGAUCUUACUUGUCAAUUGUGGAGCCUCUAAAAGCCCACCUGUUACUCCUGCACCCACAAUCCCGUCAGAACUAGACGUCAAACAGGAAUCCAAGUCCAACAUCAGAUCGUCAAAAUCGUCCGUCAAAGGGUCAAAGAGAGAGAGCAAGAAGGAACGCGAGGAGAGAGAGCUGCGUGAGAGACUGGAAGCCGAGAGAUUAGCCGAGCAGCAGGCCUUGCUAUCCCAGCAGCCACCUCAGUACGAGGCUCCUGCCGAUCCUGUCUUUGAAGGUUACAUCAGCGACAUGCUCAAUGAUGUCAGCUGUCUUCCGACGACAAGAGAGCAGGUCAUCACGAUUGCGCAGUACGUCAGCAACAAGAUGGGUGGACCGAUCGAGAAGGGAGAGAUGGCUAACUUCAGCUAUGAACUGAGCCUUAGUCAACUAAAGUACGAACUGAAGAGUAAUAUCAUCCCUAUUGGUCGGAUUGACCGAGGUAUCCAUUGCCACAGAGCUCUCCUAUUUAAGGCCCUCGCUGAUCGGAUUGGUGUAUCGUGCUCAUUGGUGAGAGGCAACUAUAACAGAGCUUGGAAUGAAGUUAUGCUCACAGACGAAGAAGACUCGCAAGAGAAUCCAAAGUUUCCUCCCAAGGCCUACAUCGUUGACCUCGUCCACCAACCUGGAAGAUUGAUGCGUUCAGACUCUAAUGAUGCAGUUAAUUAUCAAAAGAUUUGAAACGAUUAAUGUCAGUAGCCUUUAUGUGUAAUCUUACCCAAUAGACUGAUGCCUUCAGACUCUAAAUGAUGCACUUUAUUGUGAAAAAAAUUGAAACGAUGUGAACAUCAUUGGCCUUUAUGUGUAAUCCUGCCUAAAAGACUAAUGUGUUCAGACUCUAAUGAUGCAGUUAACAAUCAAAAGAUUUGAAACGAUAAUAUGAACCUCAAUGUCCUUCAUAUGUAAUCCUGCCUGGUAGACUUAUGCGUUCAGACUCUAAUGAUGCAGUUAAUUAUCAACUGAUUUGAAAUGAUAAUAUAAACAUUAUUGGCCUUUAUGUGUAAUCCUGUCUGGAAUAAUGAUGCGUUCAGGUUUUAAUGAUGCAGUUAUUAUCAAGUGAAUUGAAACGAUAAUGUAUAUGUCAAUGUCCUUUACAUGUAAUUCAUCCUGGAAGACCGAUGGGUUCAGACUCUAGUGAUGCAGAUAUUUAUCAAAAGAUUUGAAACGAUCAUUUUUUUAUCUAUUCCACACUACACGUAUCUAUUUCAUUUUACUAGAGACCUGCUAUUAAGACUGUUUGCCUACAAAGAUCACCUUAAUUUCUCUGUCUUUGUAUGCAGUCUUUGAUAUUCAUGCAGGCACAAUUGAAUUUCCAUGUAUUGUGAAAUCACAUAUGCCUCUAUCUUUAUUAUGUAAACAGAUCUGUCUGAUUUUGAGAUGAUUAUUUGUAUUUAUAAGUAAGUAUAUAGAGAUUUUUGCAAUGAACACAUAUCCAUUCUUAUUGUUGAAAUAUGUGUGUUAUGCAUAGUUGUGUUCAUGAUGAUUGUUCUGUUCUUCAGAAUUGAUCUGAAUAUCUUUUACAAAUUUUAUCAAAACUCCUCCACGUUUGUGGCCAUCCUGCCAGCGAUCUUCCGUCCUCUUUUGUGUAUAGUGUCUUAUUGUAGUUUCAAUCUGUGAAAGGUCAUUGUGAAUUUGUAUGCAUUUGCUCAGAAAAAAUUAUGCUUAUGAACUGUAACUUUGUGUAAACUACAAAAUACUUGACUAUUGUGUGACAAUGAAAACUAUAGUACAUAUUAAUAUCCGGUGAGGGGGGCAGUCAAAUGUAUUGCUGUACACACGCGCGCCCAGAUUAUUUCCAAACACCCCCUAAACAAGGUUUUUUCUGUGUGCAAAAUAACCCCCUAAACAAGUUUUACGUGGGCUUGUCGGCAAAUUAUGACCCCCGGGAAAAAGAUUGGG